CUCCCGGCGGUGCGUUGGUGCCGGCCGGCGCUGAGGCGCGGUGCGGUGACCUUGUGGGGAGCGGGGCCGCCAUGUUGGCGUCGCUGGGGCGCUGCGCGGGGCGGCUGCUGCGGGCCGGGGGCACCGGGAACGGGCUCGGCACCGGGCUCGGGCGGCGGCAUGCGGGCGGCGGGGUGCACAUCGAGCCGCGGUACCGGCAGUUCCCGGAGCUGACGCGGGCGCAGGCGGUGCGCAGCGAGCUGCUGAGCGGGCUGAUGUGGUUCUGGAUCCUGUGGCACAUGUGGCACAGCUCCGACAUGGUGCUGGGCCACUUCCCGUACCCCGACCCCGCGGCCUGGACGGACGAGGAGCUCGGCAUCCCCCCGGACGACGCGGAGUAGGAGCCGGCAGCAGCGCGGUCUGCGGAACUGAAGCAAUCCCUGGAAUGAAGUCUCUGUUUCUUCUGUCCAGGUUUCAAUAAAAGAGAGUCUGAGUUAAACCAUA